AUGCCGCUCGGUGAUCGCAAGCGCAAGGCGCGCGCCGUGCAGAAGGCGAGCGCGACGCCCAAGGAGAAGGCAGCACGGGUCGGAAAGCAGCGCUUUAGCCAAGCCACUGUCCGCAGCGACAAGACGGCCACCAAGACGCUCAAAGAGGAUACGGCUCGACUGGAAAGGCGACCAGAGCGUGGACGCGCCGUCGGAUCGGAUAUGUGGCCGCAGCGCUUCUGGACGCGCAAGCGCUUGACGUCGCGGCGGUCAUGA